UACAGCACAGGCUGAGAAAAUCAAAAGAUGUUCUUGUCUUGAGGAGUGCUCAGAUCCUGCUUUUACACUGAUGUCACCGUGAAGGAGCACGGCCUCCGCCUGUAGCUGCGUCUAACCGGUGAUGAUAGAUUGUUUCCAGAGAUGUAGCCGAGGCUGCUGCACACCUCCGUUACUUGGAAACAGUCAGAAAAGUUUCUGCGGAAAGUUUUUCUCCUCGGAUGGAAGACGUUUUGAGACAAAGCGGUUGCCACGGGGCCCUUUUCUCCCCCGUUUUGUGAUAAUGGAGGAAACCAGCCUCUGAGUGACACAAUGUCUUGGGGCGAGUUCAUCGAGCUCCGUGACCUGAGGCCGGACAGAGAGCAGAUAGAGCUGACUGGUACACGCUCGCCCUGCUCGCCUCCACGCCUGGAGAGAGCCAACGCCCUGAGGAUCAGUCCGGGGAAGGUACCGGAUCUGCUGAGUCGGGUGGGCAUCAUCAGAGUCCUGAGCAGCGCCCAGGACCCCCAGCUCACUGAGGAGAAGGGAGAGGGACACAACUUCCAGCCCUGCAGCCAUGCUCAGCCCACGUGGUGUGACCUGUGUGGGGACUUCAUCUGGGGCCUGUACAGGCAGAGCCUGCGCUGUGUCAACUGCAGAUUCACAUGCCACUAUCGCUGUCGAGCCCUGAUCCGGUUGGACUGCAGCUGGGACCGAGGCUCUGUGGCUGACCACAUGUGUGUCGUGGAGCACAGCAUAGAGACAGACACAAAUGUGGAUGAACAAAUUGAAUGGGGAAAGCAGGAGUUGACCACUGCAGAUAUUCAGCAGAAGGUGAAGGAAUACAACGUUCAAAUCAACAGCAAUCUGUUCAUGAACAUGAACAAGGAUGGUUCCUACACUGGCUUCAUAAAGGUGCAGUUCAAGUUGGCGCGACCUGUGUCAGUUCCACCUCCAAAGAAAGGAGGUCAUGAUACAGGUGGAAGGAAGGCUACCGGAGUGAAGCGUCGCACCUCUUUCUACCUGCCAAAGGACGCAUCCAAGCACCUGCACAUAAGCUCACGCACUUCUGCCCGUGAGGUCAUCGAGGCUUUGUUGAAAAAGUUUACUGUGGUGGACAAUCCUGGCAAGUUUGCUCUAUUUGAGCGCAGCGAGCGUCAUGACCAAGUUUACAUUCGCAAGCUGUCUGAUGAUGAGCAUCCCCUCCGUCUGCGUCUGGGUGCUGGUCCCAAUGAGAAAGCCCUCAGUUUUGUUCUGAAGGAGAAUGAAACUGGAGAAGUCAAUUGGCAUGCCUUCUCCAUGCCUGAGCUAAAGAACUUCCUGCGCAUUCUGCAGCGUGAAGAGGAGGAACACGUCAAGCAGAUAGUGCAGCGGUACGCUCUGGCCCGCACUAAAAUGCAGGAGGCUCUGGCUGGCUCGACCCCUGGCUGAGACAACUCUGUGCUGGGGGUUUGAAUGUGCACCUCUUGGCUGGGCAAUCGCCUGAAGAUGACCAGUCAACGCUGCAUCCAAAGAUCCCUGAGAACAUGCCUCAAAACGCCUCUUCGGUGAACGAGAGAGUGAGACAGGGCGCGAGACUAUGAGAGAGAGCUAGCGCGAAUGUGCGUGUGAAAUGAUGCGAGAGAUGAGAAGUGCCUUACACCUGGAGAGUCUGAUGUGCCUGCGAGAAUGAGUUGAGAGAAGUGAAGACUGGCAGAUGAGACAGUGGUUGUAUCCAGUAAUGUCUUUUGCUAUGGGUAUAAUCUGAUUAUCCUGUGUACCUCAGCUGUGUCACUUUAACUUUAAAGAAAAUGUCAGCAUUUUUAGGCAUUAAAAAAUCCAUGUAGAUGCAGUGCUGAAGUCGAGCCCUGUAUUGUAAUUAAGCAGAUAAUAUCUUGUCUGCAAGUUAAUUCCUUUUAUUUUCCCAGGAUACAAAAUUGGGAACAUGUCCAAUCAUGAUAUAUUACUGCCAAGUUUAGAUUAGCUCAAUUGGGUCCUGUUGAUCAACCAUACAUCUGUUCAUUUAUCCUGUUAGGAAGUUAAAUACACAUUUACUGCUGAAAGGUUUUGGAUUUUCAGUUGACCAAGUCUCAAAAGUCUGCCAUGUCCUCUCGCCACCCCUGAUGGGUGCAACUCUUUUUUUUAUUUUUACUGUCAAUUUGUGAGCUUGACUGAUGUGUGGACAUUUGUAUGGAAUUAUGAAUGUCAGAGAGCAGUGUCGAAGUCACUUUGGUUGACUUGAAUCUUGAAUGAAUAUUGGUAUACAUGUGUGUCACUGGAAGCUGUGUGUCAUUCCUUAUAUCUUUGUUUUUCUCUGUCCUUUUAAAGAAAAUGUUUGUCUUCUGUUUCUCAGUUUAUUGUGUUCAUCUAUGCACAAACUUACAUGUUUUAGCACCCUUCAAGAUGUUGUGACAAAUGUGCACUGCAUUCAGUAAAGAAUUUCACAGAUCUA